AUGACUGCGUGGCUGAUCUGGGUCAGAAGAAAUAAAAAGAAACUCAACGAACCAGCCCAGCCACUCUCGAAGCUUGCCCAAUCAGCCAGGGCUCUGUUAGAUGAGCAGGGGAAGCAAUGGAAAGAACCUCAGUCAAGGGCUGGACCAAUACAGUGGCAGCCUCCACCUGUGGGAUCAGUGAAAGCGAAUUUCGACGGGGCGGUGUUUAGGGAGGAGAAGGAGGGCGGCAUUGGGGUGGUUAUUCACAGCAAUGAGGGGCAAGUGUUAGCUACUCUGUCCGAGAAAAUUAUCAUGCCAACAUCUGUGGAGAUCUUGGAAAUGUUGGCGGCCCGUAAAGCUACACUCUUUGCCCGGGAACUCGGCUUUCACAAGGUGUGCUUUGAAGGAGAUGCAGACCUCGUGGUGAAGAGUUUGCAAGCAGGGAAGGCUUCAAAUGCCCUGGCUGGACACUUGGUAAAAGACUUCACGUCUAUAGGGGGUUAUUUUCAAUCCUACUCUAUCAUCCAUGUGAGGCGGCAGGGUAAUUAUGUUGCUCAUGCAUUAGCUAGGGAUGCUAGGUUCUCUUUUCCGUUAAGAGUUUAG